AGAAGAACGCACGUGUGUUGUGUUGUGUAAGUGUAUUUGAACGUACUUUUCAUUUAUAAUUUAUUUAAUUACAAGAUAUUUUUAUGCAAAAAUGAGUAAAGGUAAGAAAUACCUUGGUAAGAGAAAAAAGGGGGGUAUAAAACCAACCACUAAGAAGAAGAGAAAGUUAUUGAAAGAAAAAGAGGAACUCGUGAACAAGAAAGCUAUAUUCAACCGGUACAAAAACAAGCAAAAAAUAGAGGAAGAGUUAGCGAAGAAGAAGCUUUUGGAGAGGAAACUGCAGCAGCAAGUUACGUAUUCUGAAAGCGAGGAAGAGGAGGACGCGUAUGGACAGUUGAUAUCAUGUUUUAAAGAUAAUGCGAAAAAGAAAACUGUUGUGGAUAGUGACGAUAGCAUGACUGAAAACGAAGAUGUUGAUGAUGAAUCUGUGGGAGACGACGUUGAUAUGGACAGUGAUGAUGAAGGAAGUGAUGGGCAAGUCAAUGGAGAUGAGGAGCAUGAUGAAAACGGCGAGCAAAGCAGUGAGGGUGAUGAUACUGAAGAAGACUUAGCCCAAGAAAUAGAGGAAAAAGAAAAUGAUGCUGAUCAAGAUAUGUGUGAUGAUCCUUUUACAAAACAUCUUCAAUAUGAUUUAGGAGAUGACCUAGUUGUGUCUUUGUCAAACACACCACCAACUUGCGAGCAAUUUACUAAAACUUGGCCUGUACUUGGCAACUUAACAAUAACAAUACCAAAGCCUCUGGAAACUAUGUCUAAAAAAGUCAAACCAAAGGUUUCUAUUCUAGAAGAAAAAACAUAUGCUCCUGUAGGUACACAACCACAUGUAUUUAACAAAGUAGGCUUCAAUGAACUGUACAUAAAGUCUCAAAUUCAUGGCAACAUUGUAUCUGCUAAUAAAGCUAACUUAAUAAAAAGAGAUUUGGAGCUUACUGAAGUGUUUACACCACUUCAAAAGGAAUUGUUUGCCGUAAUAAAUAACUACCAAGAUGUAUAUUAUCCUGAGAGAUCAUUUACUAAUGCAGAUGAGAUUAGGUAUAUCUACUGCUUGCAUGCAGUCAAUCACAUGUUGAAAACUAGAACCAAAAUACUCCAUCACAACGCUAAAUUGUCUAAAAAGAGUGAUGUGUCUGAUGAAUAUAGAGACCAAGGAUUAGUAAGACCAAAGGUCAUAAUUAUGGUGCCCUUUAAAGAUGCAGCAUAUAGGGUCGUAAAGACAAUAAUGGACAUUUUAGUGCCUAAGGAGGCUGGGCAGGUGGUGAACAAGAACCGGUUUGAGGAGGAUUUCACGGGGGGCGAGCUGCUGAUGCCCAGGAAGAACCCUAAGCCAGAAGACUAUGAGCUGCUGUUUACUGGCAACACUGAUGACACAUUCAGAUUAGGCAUGACUGUUACUAAGAAAACUCUCAAGUUAUAUACAGACUUCUACUCCUCCGACAUAAUAGUGACGUCACCACUCGGACUUCGCAUGAUCGUAGGGGCUGAGGGGGAAGAGGAUCGCGAUUAUGACUUCCUUGCUUCCAUCGAGCUACUUAUAAUGGACCAGGCAGAUGUCUUCCUCAUGCAGAAUUGGGACCAUCUCCUACAUGUCCUCGAUCAUUUCCAUUUGCAGCCGAAAAAGACCCAUGGGACUGACAUAUCGCGAGUCAGAUCAUGGGCUGUUAAUGGCUGGUCAAAAUAUUAUAGACAAACACUAGUAUUCUCUUCAGUGCUGCUGCCGGAAAUUAAAGCAAUAUUGAAUAAAAAGUGUCACAACUAUGCUGGGAAAGUUAUUGUUGCGAAUCCAGUUGAGAUUGGGAGUAUACAGCAAGUGGUAUUGCAGGUGCCUCAGAUAUUCCACCGGUUCACAGCAACAAAUCCCCUGCAGGCCGUAGAAGCGAGGUUCGAAUACUUCCUGAAGGAGAUCCUGCCCAAACAGCGGGACACGCUGAUGAGCCACACGCUCAUAUACGUACCCAGUUACUUCGACUACGUGCGGAUACGAAACUAUUUCAAGAAGGAAGACAUUGGAUUCGUGCAGAUAUGCGAGUAUUCUAAGGAUGGCAAAAUAGCCCGAGCGAGAGACAUGUUCUUCCACACAGAAGCCCACUUCAUGUUGUACUCAGAGAGAGUGCACUUCUUCCGAAGGUUCAGGAUAAAGGGUAUCCGGCACAUCAUAUUCUACCAACCACCAACCUACCCACACUUUUAUUCAGAAAUGUGCAACCUUAUGCAGGAAUCGAACCAGAACAAAUACGGCGGCAGCUCGUGCAACAUGACAGUGUCGGUGCUGUACUGCCAGUACGACGCGCCGCGCGUGGCCGCGCUGCUGGGCGCCCGCCGCGCCGCCCGCGGGGCCGCCGGGGACAAGCCCGUGCACAUGUACAUCACCGGCGAGUAGCAGGCACGCACCCUUCACUUGCCUAUACAGGGUGUUAGUGACAUCGUAACGAAUACUGAGGAAGAUGAUUCAGACCAUUAUUCCGAGUUAAUAUCAAGUGGAAUUUGCCAUCGCAUUGUAACCAUGUCACUUACACCCCGUUCAAGCACGUGCAAAUAGCCAUACAAGUACGUUUGGGUAUUAGUGAAACCGUAACGAACAUUGAGGGGGAUUCAGACCAUGAUUCUGAGUUGAUAUCAAGUGUUUCCUUAUUUUCAGUUCUAUACUUUUGUGAAGGAAAAUUCCACUUGAUAUCAACUCAGAAUCAUGGUCUCAAUCAUUCUUCAAAGUUUUCGUUACGAUGUCACUAACACUCUGUAUAUAGUUGUUUUAGCUUAGUCUAGGUCGGGCCAGAACUCCCGUGCCGUCUGUGUCCGUGUCCAUUGUAUCGUGACCUCAUAAACCUAAAUAAAGAUUUUAUUUGUGUAUCUACUUCCUGGCUCACUGGCGCUGGACUCGGGGGAGUCAGCGUUACCACUGGGACUUGAGAGGUGGCGGACGUUGUGUCGCGUGUGCCUCUCUAUAAUCUAAAACGAAGGUGGGUUGGUGGUAUUUGCCUCCCCCCCCCCCCCCACAGCUCACGAGCUGGUGCACAAUGAUGAUGGUGAUAAUCGCUGACAAACCGUGGAUGAAUACGAAAGGGUACCCGUAGCUUUGGCACAACGGCGGUGAAAUGGACACCGAGAAGGUUUACUCCAUGCAACCCGUAAAACCCUCUCCCUCCCAAUGUGGUCAUUAUCCCGCGUUAAAAAAAAAGAUCGAACCAGAAAAAGCAGUUUUUUUUUGACGAAGUGCAACAUGGCAGUAUCGGUGCUGUACUCGCAUUAUUCUUGUUAUUUAUUUAUUCAAAACUUUUAUUUCGGAUGAUUUUUUUACAUCCAUAAUUGUUAGUAAGUAAAUAUCUUAUGAACUAUGUUAUUAUCAAAGCACACAUAAGAAAACACCAUAUUCACGUAAGGUAAAAUUUAAUAAUAUAACUUUACGAUCACAUUGUAUCCAUUGUCGGUAAAAUUACACAUACUUGUAUAUAAAUAACUAAAAUUACAUAAGUACAUUUUCAGGUAAAUCUUGUAUAUUAUUUGAGGUGUCAAACACACUCCUUGGAUAUUAGCCAGAAGACACUGCAUUCGAUGCCAGCUUAAGGCAACCCAUAUGUGUACAAUAAAUGUAUUUUGUAAAUAAAUUAUUGUAUCGAUAGCAAUAAACAGGGUGGAAAUUAUAUUCCAAAA